AUGCGCGGCGAGAACGCGGGCGUGCUGAGCGCCAUGAGCGACGUGAGUGCAUCGUGUGACAGUGAAGACGAGGUGAUGCACGUGAUGGACCCGUCAGACCCACGCGCCCACCGUCCAGCGCCUUCGGUUACGCCGUUUCUAGGUCGCCAUCAAGGGACGAAUCAGAAAUCGGGUAUCACCGUGGACUCAGAUUCUGAUACUGGUGAUGACGCCAGCAGAUCCGUUACAUGCGCACAUGUCUCCGAUUCGCUGAUUAAGUCAACGACCGAUGGAAUCACAAAUGAUGACGCAAUCACUAUUGAUGAUGACGAACACGACGGUUUCAGCUUCAGUAGUAAGGAAGAGAAGCGGCGGAAGCGAGUGACACUGUCGAAAUGGGCUCAGACUCGUUUCCUCGUGCCGGCUGGAGCUCGCAAAGUUGCGGUCGCGGAAGACACGUGUCUCGAGCCACUGAAUGAUUUUAUCUUGAGUGACUUUAGCUCGCGGUUUCGUGGUACUGCGGGCAAUGUGGACGUGGAAAAAGCCAUAGCAACAGCUGGAGAAGAAGGUGCAGCGGAGGGCGAGCUUUUGCUGGGUCAAAAGCACGUUGGUGCCCCUUUAUUUGAGACGAGCACGGGCAGGCAGAUGAUGGAAAGAAGUAGAAAGGAUGAGGGGACGGGGAAUAACCAGAAGAUGCCGAAGAAAGAGGGGGAUGGGCGCAAGCGGAAGGAGAGCAGGUACUUUCUGACGGACUUAGCCACCAAGUGCUAUCAUUGCGGAGAGGUGGGUCAUAUGGCUAGUGUCUGCAUGAACGACAAGCUGCAGCCGCCUUGCUACUAUUGUGCACUACGUGGACAUCAGUCGUGGGCGUGUCCGAAUCUGCCGUGUGCAAAUUGUCUUCAGUUAGGACACCAGGAUAAGAACUGCAACAAUCGAGCUUUGACCAUCAAGCCUUGCCGAAUUUGUGGAUGCACCGGUCAUGUGGAAGACAACUGCGGCAAUGUAAACAAUCUAGAGCAAGUAACGUGCAUGGUGUGCACGCAAGUGGGACAUCUGCACUGUGUGCCUGUGCCGCCUCCUGCUGAUCGACGUGUGUAUUGCCCGAACUGCGCGGAGAACCACACAAUGGAAAGAUGCCGGCGGUACAAUAAGUCAGCCCCGGUCAACCUCACUGCUCGGAUAGCUAGCGGGCGCUUUGUGCAAACGUGUUUUGUGUGCAGUGAGGCCGGUCACAUUGCGGCCGAGUGUCCGACGCGCUCGAAUGGAUACGGUAGGAGCAGAGAUGGCUGCUAUAAAUGCGGCAGGUCUGGGCACUUUGCUGCUGACUGCUAUAACUCGAGCAACCACGAUAGCUAUAGUCGACGUGACACUGGUCGCAAGCGGCAUCGCGAUGUGGGGGACGAGAAUCCGAACUACAAGAGCCACCGGGUACGACGAAGUUAA